AUGAUUAUUGAUGCUGGUAAAAAUACUGAAAAAAUGAGAAAUACAGAGCUCCACCCCAAGACUGACCCUGAUCUACCAUCAACUGAAGAUACAAACACCCCAAUCACAUUCUACACCCCAGUUGGCACAAGGAACCCAAUCUUAAUUCUUGAAGACGAAAAAACAGAGCAGAGACUUGAUAUUGAUAAAAUUCAAAGAGUUAAUAAAGAAGAAGUAGCAACAUCGACAAAUAAAAUAAUUACAGAAAGCACCAUCAUCAUAUGUGUUUCCAAUGGGCACAAAUUAGAUACAAAAUUACUCGGCCCAGAUACAUCUUCAGCUUACAUCAGAUGUCAAAUAAUUGGAAGUGCUGAAAAUAUCCUGAAACAACAUGACCUUAAAAAUCCAAAAACAAUUAUUCUGCAUUCAGGUACAAAUGAUAUUGAAAAACGUUCAGUUGAAAGCAUUUGUAAAGACACUCAUUUACUUCUCUCCUUCAUCAAAUCGAAACACCCACAUACCCGGAUAAUUCUCUCAAGCCUACUACCUCGUAACGACUAUCUUCUUGAAAAAGCACAAAAACUUAACGAACAGCUAAUCAAAAUCUCCUCCGAAUUCACCAACACUAACCUUGUAAAACAUGAUAACCUUUUCAGGUCUACUGCCAUCCUUUACGACAAGAAACACCUCAACAGCAAAGGUGUGAAGAUAUUCGCAAAAAACCUGAAAGGUGCUUAUUUUGGUACAACAAAGAAAUACCAACCCACCAACAAAUCAUCCCACCAACAACCCUCAACAAUGUAUCAUCCAGCCAAGAAAACACCUUCCCUCCCUUUCAUCAACCAUAUCCUAUCACCCCAACACUUCCACACUUCCAACAUCCUUCGUCCCAUCCAGCAGUCAGAACAAAUGGCAAUGCAAACCAAUGGAAUAGUUUAGUCAAUUAUAACAUUCCAGAAAAGUUGACCGAGCUGGUAACCGUCCUUCAAAGGUUCCUUCAAUAAAGUGAAAUGGUCUGUGAGUAUCCAAAACUGACUAACUCAAUUAUAUUUUAACUUUCUAUUAAUAUUAUUUAGUAUAAUGUACUCACAUGUAGGGUAAUAUAAGCCCAUAUGUGUGCACAUACCUAAAGCUUUCCUCUUCCUUAUUGCUCUAAAAAUCAAUUUAUCCCAGAUCAGUCAAUGUUUUCAAAAUUUAUUUCUACAAUAUUAAAUUGAGUAUUAAUGCAUUCUAGGCUCUCUAUUAGUGCUUGGAAUAUACAUGGUUUAAAACAUAAAACGCUUGGUGACAAACUAAGCAACAUUGAUUUUAUAGAAAAUGUUAAAGACCUUGAUUUAAUAUUUCUGACUGAAACAUGGUCUAACGAGAUUAACAGCAUUCCUGGUUUCGUGACAUUAUCCACCAUCACGGCAACCCGGAAAUCAAAUUCGGCUUGUCGCUUGUCUGGCAGAAUUUCACUUUUAUUCAAAAAGGAAUUUGAAAAUGCUAUCUUUAUUGAAAAACAAACAAAAAAUUUCCUGUGGUGUCGAAUAGACAAUACAAUCUUAAACUCCACAAAAGAUUUAUUUAUUUGUGGAGUCUACAUUCCUCCAGAAAGAUCAUCCUACUUUGAUGAGGAUAUAUUUCAUAACCUAGAAAAUGAUGUGGUAUAUUUUUCCAAAAAAGGAAACGUCACGCUGCUAGGGGACUUUAAUGCUCGUACCAGCAAACUCGAAGAUUUUGUUUCAAAGGAAGGAAACACUUUCAUUAAUGACAUUACUGAAACCUCCUUAGAACCAAAAACUAGAGACAAUUUUGAUAGCUGUGUUAAUAACCACG